CCACAACUUAUACUAAUAUAGACUCAAAGAAAUGAGCUCCUUCCGUUCCGGGUUCCGGUUCUCCGCUUCAACUUCUUAUGGGACCUUCCUUUACUUGGUGCUUCGCUCAACCCUCUCUUUUCUUCAAACCAAUUCGCUUCAGAAAUUCAGCGCCAUAAGCGACAAUAGAAAUGGAGGAGAAAUCGACCAAAACGCACGUGGCUUUGAAAAAAGAUGAGCUCCUUUACACAUCGUGCUAUUGUGAAGAAAACGUGUACAUGAUGUGUAAAACCAUGUCCGAGCUGAAUCGAAAAGAAGAAGACCACUCAAUGCUUGAUCACUGCACUGUGGUGUUCAUAAGCAACCCAAGCAAAAGUAUACCAAUUUGGAAGCAAAAAAAUUCACCAGAUGGCCCUGUUGACUACCAUGUCAUACUUUAUUACCAUAACUAUGACACGAAAGAAUUUUACGUAUACGAUAUGGAUACUGUAUUACCCUUUCCUUGCGAUGCUACCGAAUAUGUAAUGCUAGCAUUUCAUCCCGAACUGCAAUUGCAGGAGCGAUUUAAGCGAUGCUUUCGUUUAGUGCCUGGAUCUGUGUUCUUGAGAGAAUUUGCCUCGGAUAGAAGUCAUAUGUUGGAAGAAAACGGCGAAUACAUGAAGCCUCCUCCUGAAUAUCCUGCAAUAGCAUCAACCGAUGAUGUCAUGAACCUUCCACGAUAUAUCGACAUGACAGAAAACACAGUUUCACCAGAGAAAUUUGGCGUGGUGAUUGAUGAACAACAAUUCUUUACAACUGUGCUGGCGCAUGUCCAGAUGAACGUGGCAGCAUCUUAACAAUAGUUGCGGAGAUCGCCCAAUUACAGACUGGUUACAGACAGUUGCGAGAACCCUUAUUUCUUUACUUUCUCCCUCCUUUUUUUUUUGUUUUUUUUUGCUGCUCUUCCCUCCUUGUACAUAUACACGCGAAUAACACACAGGCACAAUGGCGAAACAGGGUUCAAUGUUUCUACGGUUCCGUCAAUUCGAUGCCUAUGCAAAAACACUAGACGAUUUCCGCGUCAAGACAACGGCCGGUGCUGCUGGUAAUGCAAUAAUG